GAAUAUGUUCAUGAAUUACGAUCUGGUAUUUCAGAUGAGAAACUUCUUAACUGCCUUGAAUCUCUGAGGGUUUCUUUAACCAGCAAUCCUGUCAGCUGGGUUAACAACUUUGGCCAUGAAGGUCUUGGACUCUUAUUGGAUGUGCUGGAAAAGCUUCUGGACAAGAAACAGCAAGAAAAUAUUGACAAGAAGAAUCAGCAUAAACUUAUUCAGUGCCUCAAAGCAUUUAUGAAUAAUAAAUUUGGACUGCAAAGGAUUCUAGGAGAUGAAAGAAGUCUUUUACUACUGGCAAGAGCAAUUGACCCCAAACAACCCAACAUGAUGACUGAAAUAGUAAAAAUACUUUCUGCUAUUUGCAUUGUUGGAGAAGAGAACAUUCUAGAGAAACUCUUAGGGGCUAUAACUACAGCAGCAGAAAGAAAUAACAGGGAACGAUUUUCACCAAUUGUGGAAGGAUUAGAAAAUCAUGAAGCUUUGCAGUUACAGGUGGCCUGCAUGCAGUUUAUAAAUGCCCUUGUCACUUCUCCUUAUGAGCUUGAUUUUCGUAUACAUUUAAGGAAUGAAUUCCUGCGUUCAGGACUAAAAGCAAUGUUACCAGAUUUAAAAGAAAAAGAAAAUGAUGAACUUGAUAUUCAGUUGAAAGUAUUUGAUGAGAACAAAGAAGAUGACCUAACUGAAUUGUCACACCGUCUCAAUGACAUUCGAGCAGAAAUGGAUGAUAUGAAUGAAGUAUACCAUCUUCUGUAUAAUAUGUUAAAGGACACUGCUGCUGAAAAUUACUUAUUAUCCAUUCUACAACAUUUUCUGCUGAUCAGAAAUGAUUAUUUUAUCAGGCCACAGUAUUAUAAAAUAAUUGAGGAGUGUGUUUCACAGAUAGUGUUGCACUGCAGUGGCAUGGACCCAGAUUUCAAGUACAGGCAAAGAUUAGACAUUGAUCUCACUCAUCUCAUAGAUUCUUGUGUGAACAAGGCGAAAGUUGAAGAGAGUGAACAAAAAGCAGUGGAAUUUUCAAAGAGGUUCGAUGAAGAAUUCACAGCUCGACAGGAAGCUCAGGCUGAGCUUCAGAAAAGAGAAGAAAAAAUCAAAGAGCUCGAAACAGAAAUCCAGCAACUUCGAACCCAGGGACAUGGACUCUCAGGUUCAUCAGGAAUUCCGGGUCCGCCUCCACCACCAGGUGGUGGGCCAGCCCCACCACCACCUCCACCAGCACCACCUUUACCUGGAGGAGCUCCCACUCCUCCCCCACCUCCUCCCCCACCUCCUUUACUUGGAAUGCCUGGUGUUCCACCACCACCACCUGUCUUUGGAGCACCACCUGUUCUACCUUAUGGGAUGAAGCAGAAAAAGAUAUAUAAACCCGAGGUGUCCAUGAAGAGAAUGAAUUGGUCACAGAUUGAGCCCACACAAUUAUCUGAAAACUGUUUCUGGUUAAAAGUUAAGGAGGAAAAGUUUGAAAAUCCAGAUCUCUUUGCAAAACUGGCAAUGAAUUUUGCUACCCAGAUAAAAGUUCAAACGAAUUCAGAAACUGCAGAAGAAAACACACUGCCUACAAAGAAGAAAGUGAAAGAAUUGAGAGUUUUGGAUCCUAAAAUAGCCCAGAAUCUGUCUAUCUUCCUAGGAUCAUAUCGUAUGUCAUAUGAAGAUAUAAAGAACAUUGUUCUGGAGGUUAACGAAGAAAUGUUGAGUGAGGCCUUAAUUCAGAACCUUGCAAAAUAUCUUCCUGAGGAGGAGGUACUCAGUGAAUUAGCACAGCUGAAAAAUGAAUACAAUGACCUCUGUGAGCCUGAACAGUUUGGACUUGUGAUGAGCUCAGUGAAAAUGUUGCAUCCGCGUCUCAACAGCAUUCUUUUCAAGCUCACGUUUGAAGACCACAUAAACAACAUUAAACCCAGCAUCAUGGCAGUGACUCUUGCCUGUGAAGAGCUAAAGAAAAGUGAAAGCUUUAACAGACUUUUAGAGUUAGUUCUUUUGGUUGGAAACUACAUGAACUCAGGCUCACGAAAUGCCCAGUCUUUGGGUUUUAAGAUCAACUUCCUUUGUAAGAUCAGAGAUACUAAAUCAGCCGAUCAAAAAACAACACUUUUGCAUUUUAUUGCUGAAAUUUGUGAGGAAAAGUACCGGGAUAUCCUGAAAUUUCCUGAAGAACUAGAACAUAUAGAGAGUGCAAGCAAAGUUUCAGCUGAAAUUCUCAAGAGUAACCUUGAAGCAAUGGAACAACAAGUCAUUAAUCUGGAACGUGACAUCAAGAAAUUCCCCCAAACAGAAAAUCAACAUGAUAAGUUUGUGGCAAAGAUGACAAGCUUUACAAAGACUGCCAGAGACCAAUAUGACAAACUGUCCAUUAUGCACAAGAACAUGGUAAAGCUGUAUGAGAAUCUUGGAGAAUACUUUAUUUUUGAUACUAAGACAGUGAUCAUGGAAGACUUUUUUGGUGAUCUCAACAACUUCCGAACUUUGUUUCUGGAAGCAGUGAAAGAAAACAACAAGAAAAAAGAAAUGGAAGAGAAGAUUAGGAGGGCAAAGCUUGCAAAAGAGAAAGCUGAACAAGAAAAGUUAGAACGCCAGAAGAAAACGAAACAGCUCAUUGAUAUAAACAAAGAGGGUGAUGAGACUGGCGUGAUGGAUAAUCUUCUAGAAGCCCUACAAUCAGGAGCAGCAUUCCGAGACCGCAGAAAGCGAAUUCCAAGGAAUCCAGAUACCAGACGAGUACCUUUGGAAAGGUCCCGCUCUCGCCACAAUGGAGCUUUCGCAUCUAAGUGAUUCCCAAUGCCAAAGAACAUGAAAAUAUUUAAGUCAACAAAAUUUACUUUUAGAGAGCAAAACAUGCAUUCAAGGAAUGGGGAGAGAAUAACUGCAUUUCUACAAACAGCAAGCGAAGCUGGGUGAGAUAGUGUGCAUUUGUAAAGCUAUUCCAAGACUCCUCCCACAGUUCCACUAAUAUGAGCACAAUCAUCAGGAUCGUAAGAUGUGUUCCGUUUUAGUGAAAAGAUGUGGAUUACUUGUUAUUGUGUGUGACCUGAUGGUGAUGAUGAAUGGUAUAAAAACAGUUCUAAGGCUUUCAAAGACAUUUCGCCUAUCAAAAAUUUACAAAUUUACUCAAAUGUGUAGGUCCCUCCAAAUAAAAAGGAAGAGAAAAGAAAGAGAAUUAUUCAAUGUCCUCUUGUAAUUCCUGUCGCAUAGAAAAAGAAAGGGCCAGUGCAAAUGUGAUUUGGAGAGGCACUAAUAUUGCACACUCUGUAAGAGAAGCCACUUUGGAAAUGCAAAAAAAAGCCCUGCUUCACUCGUGUCAAGUUAUUCAGAAUCUUAUCACAAGUGAAAGCUGAUGGAUUCAUCUGCUUUGGCUUGAAAUUAAAUUUAUCAUCAAUCUAGAGUUUCAGCAUGAUAUUGCAGGCACUUAUCAUUGCUAAAAAUAAACCAAAGUUUAACAGAAGCAGUUAGAGAAAGUGAUUUAAACUUUAUUUAAAGAGGUAUUUUCUAAUUGUGCACAUAUAUCUACUUUAUACAAAUAACUUUAUAUGGCUAUUUUUGAGAAAAACCUCACAUUUUAAUGUUUAUGCUAGGGACAGACCUGAAAAUUCUAUUACCUUUAUUUAGAUUUUUAAAGGUAAAUAUCAAUUCCUACUCUUUGUGGUUUACUUCUUCUACUGCCUCUGUUGCCUCUUUCUCCCAUGACCCCCUUGAAGGCAGAGAAUAGAGUUCUAGAAAACCUGAGAGGAAAAAUAUUUCUCUCUGCAGGAAGCAGCAGAAACUGUCUGAAAGGUCAAUUGUUUUAUCUGUCUUCCUACUCCCUUUCCAAUUCUGCCUUGAUGGCCUGAAGAAGAAAAAGAAAUUGUAUGUAUGUAUGUGUAUAUAUGAAUAUAUAUUUAUAUUUCCUAUUACAAUAAUUCCACAUCCCAGUGACCAAGUGAACUUCUCAAUCAUCAUCAUAUUUGCCUACCUUACAUUAACAUAUUAAAGUGAUGCUGCCAAACAGCCCUAGGAGAAAAAAUGGGCUGUACAUUUUUCUUAAAGAGAUGAGAGAGUAGAAGUUACACUUAACUUGUCUGUUGUUUGAAAAUAUGCAUUGAAAUAAUGUGUAACUUCUCUAGAGUGCAAUUUUAAGACUAAUCCAUGCAGAUGAUUGUGAUUAUCAUAAAAGAUUUCUUACUAUGACUAUUUCUUAUACAGAAUAUCCUAUUUCUACUCCUCCAAAGCACAUUCUCGAUAUUCAGAAAGAACAAAUGACUGGCUUGCCAAGUCGCUACCGGAGAUAAUGUAAGCAAGUGACCAGUAGCUCACAGUUUCCUUUAAUACAGAUGUACAGUGAUUCAGACUUCUGCCUGUUCCUCCAGUGCAUUCUUUCUUGGCAAUUAUGCUUUAAAAAGCUCUGAAGCUGCUACAUUAGAAAAAUCAGGCAGAAUAACAGUAUCUGAGAUUUUACCAUUUUAAAUUAUCUGAGGACACACACAUAUGCGCACACAAACAAGUUUAAGGGACAUAAUUUCAUACCCUGUUUUUGUAACAACAACAGAGACCUAAGUUCUACAAGUUCAUGUAAAUAAGCUGUGUAUUUUUGACUUCACAAAGUCUUUUCAGAAUCUUCAUGGUAUGGCUUCUUUCAGUCUUUUGACAGCUUUUCCAGCUCUGGGAAAAUGAUUAUUUUGAAAUAUUAACCCUGACUGAAAUCUGGGGGUAUUUGCCAUGCCAUAUUACCAAGCUGGUUAAAGGUGGAAACACAAAUGUGUAUCACCUUUUCCAGAUGUGAACUUGCCUUAUUUUUUAGUUUGUGAAAAAAAAAUUGAAGAACUAUUACUAAUAAAUUAUAUCUUUGUAUUUAGAAGCAGUCCCAUAUGUUUUUUACAAACAUUAUGAACUAUUUCAGGGUCUUUCAUGAAGUUUUAAUAAUUGAAUUUAAGGGUUUGCUUCCCAGAUUUGUAAUGGUCCUGCUCUAGCCAUUUGCAGUUUUGUUGCAGUUUGAAAAUUAUCACCAAAAACAAGAGAGUAGCAUUUUUAGUAUAUUAUACUAAGUCUUUUGUUGGGUUUAUUACUGCCCCAUGUGAGAAGUACCAAUUUAUGCAGAUUUUCUUCAGAAUGUUUCUAAAAGUGCAAAACCCUUUAAAUGUUUACCAGUCAUAUUAGUUUCUUUGGCUGCUAUAACAAAUCAACACAAACUUGGUGGUGUGACACAUCAGAAGUGUAUUCUCUCAUGGUUCAGGUGGCCAGAUGUCCAAAAUCAGGGGCCAUACUCCCUCCAGAGGCUCUAGAGGAGCAACAUCUUCCCUUGCCUCUUCCAGCAUGUGGUAGCUAGUGGCGUACCUGGGUUAUGGCAGCGUUCCCUCUCUGCUUCUUCACCUUCACAUCACCAUCACCUUCCUGUGUAUCUAAUCUUCCUAUGCUUUUCUCUUAUGAGGACACUUUUGCUGGAAUUUAGGGCCCACCCACAUAAUCCAGGAUAAUUUCGUCUCAAGAUCCUAAACUUGGUCACAUCUGUAGGACCCUUUUUCCAAUUAAGGUUCUAGCGAUUAAGGUGUGGAUGAGUCUUUUUAGAGGUGACAGUCAACCCACUACAACCUGACCUCUGGCCCUCCAAAUUUGUCCCCUGUGUAAAAUAUAUUCCCCCAUACCAACACCCCCAAAAGUCUCAACCCAUCAACUGGAACAACAACUCUAAAUCUAAAAUCUCAUCCAAACAUCAUCAGGUCAAAAGUCACAAAUGUCAUCAGCUAAAUCAGGACUAGGUGAAAAUCCUGGGGGCAAAAUUCCUCUCCACCUGUGAACCAGUGAAACAAGUUACCUGCUUGCAAAAUAAAAUGGUGGGACAGGUAUAAGGUUAAUAGUUAUAGAUCCUGUUCCAAAAAGGAGAAAAUGGAAAGGAGUUCCCUGUCCUGAUGAUUUUCAAACUUCAGGCAGGAAAAAUCCCUUUAGGUUUAAAGACCUCACAAUAAUUCUCCAUGUCUCAGGCCCCCAACACUUUACGGCUGCAGCUCUGGCCUCUGGGUCAUGAAUUGAGUCUCUGCUUCUGUGCCCGUACUUGGGCUUCUGCCUCUGCCCUAGGGGCAAGCCUUUAUAUCAUGGGGUAGCACAUAUUUGCAGCCUUAUCAGCCUGCUUCCUGCCUGUAAAAUUUUGGUCUUCUGACAGACUUCAUUCAUUUUGUCCUAUGUGUCCCUCUCAGGGUAACCUAGGACUGUUUCUGCUGAUACAACAUUCUCAAAAUCUUUGUAGGCCUCCCGGGUAUGUCACAUUGAUUCAAUAGUAAGACAAGAGAGUCCUCACAGAUGUUUGCCAAAUAAUCCCAUCUCUAUUCCUGGCUUCUACUGAGAUGAUUGAAUGGAUCCAUGGGGUCAAUGCCUGCUCUCUUAAGUACUAGCCAAAGGUUGUCUAGCCACACCUUUGGCUCCAUCUACAGAACACAUUAUCCUAACAGGAAAUCUCCUAAUUUUAGUAUCUUUUGCAAUCUGAAUAGGCUCAAAAUUUCCUGACCCACCAAGUGCUGGGUCCUUUCUGCUUAAGAGUUCUUUUCUCAUUUUAUCUCUUUCCUCUUGUAUUUUACUUUAAGCUCAAUCAGAAAGUAGGCCAUUACCUCCAACACUUUGCUUGGAAAUCUCCUCAGCUAAAUAUCCAAGUUCCUUUCCUAACUUUACAAAUUCUACUUUCCACACAACUGCUAGAGACAAUUCAGAUAAGCUUUUGCUGCUGUAUAACAAGGAUCAUCUUUCCUCUAGUUUCCAAUAAAAUGUUCCUCACUUCCUUCUGAGCUGUCACCAGAAGCACCUUUAGCAUUCAUAUUUCUAACAAUCUAGCAAUCUAUGAUUUUUCAAUCAAAUGCAGCCUCUUCCAGUCUCUACCCAUUGUCCAGUUCCAAAGCCACUUCCAAAUGUUUAGGUAUUUUAGUAGUACCUUACUGCCUGGUACUAAAAUCUGUAUUAGGUUAACAGCUUACUCCAAGCAUGUUUAGCUUAAAACAACAGCAAUGUACUUUGUUAUUAUUUUGGAGGCAAGAAGUCCUAACUUGCAAUUUGGGCAGGGCUGCACUCUCUCUGGAGGUUCUAGGGGAAAAUCCAUUCCUAUAGCCCCUUGCGGUUUCUUGUAACUGUCAUCCUCCCUUGGCUUGAUGCCAAAUCUCUCUGUUCUAUCUUCCCUCACCUUUCCCUCUGGAUAUCUAAUCUACCUCUGCCUCUUUUUAUAAAGACACUUGUGAUGGCAUUUAGGGCCCACCCAGCUUAUCCAUGAUAAUCUCCUCAUCUCAAGAUCUUAACUCAAUUAUAUCUGUCAAGACCCUUUUUCCAAAUAAAGUAACAUCACAGGUUCCAGAAAUUAAAACAUGGACAUGCCUUUGGGGAGCCACCAGUCAGCUCACUACACUAGUCAUGGCACAUAAAUGUACUUUUUACUUUUUAAAAUGGAUUGUCAGUGCUCAAGCCAAAUUCAAGGUUGUCUCUAAAAGCUAUUGUUUGCACAGGCUACUGCAUGCUUUGAUGUUAAAUAGCUAAACAGGUUUCUACACUUUAGUUUCAUACGUUUGCUACUAUAGCCAAUUAGCCUGAAAAAAAUAAUUGGUUCCAACUGUGAGCUCUGGGAUAGCUCUUCUGUCCCUUUUAUGGAGUCUUUGACCAAAUGUGUUCUAUGAUUCAUGAUGCAGGCAUAAAACUACCUCUGAUACAGAAGGCUUCUUUACAAACUUACUUUAGAUAUUGUGAAUCCCUCAGCUGAAAGGAGCGGUGACCGCAAAGCCUGCUUUGAUGGUAUUCAGGGAGAUUGUGGCCAUGCCAAGACAACCAGAAGUAGUUAGAUAGCAGUAGAACUGUGGGUUCAUGCUCUCAUUUUUCCUUGGAAUAAACAUCUGUCUCUUUACAAGACUAAGAAUGACUUGUAAUCUGUGUGUAAUGCAUACUUAAUUAUUCAAUAAAGUUAAGAUAUAAAUUAAA